AUGAGAAUAUGUGGUUCAACGCCAGCUUUAACAAUCUUCGUCGUUUACGCCCCAACAUCAAGCUACAAUGAAGAAGAAGUCGAAGCUUUCUACAUGAACCUGGAGAAGUUCUACAGAGAAGAUGAUACCUUCUACAAGGUCAUAAUCUGUGAUUUUAACGUCAAAAUUGGUCCUAGAAGAACGCCUGGAGAAUUUCACAUCGGAACCCACGGCUUUCAAUGGAAUGGGCCGGGAGAGAGGCUUUCCGAGUUCAUGAUGCCGACUAAGACCAUCCAUGGGAACUCGCAAUUUCAAAAGCCCUCCUCUACACGCUGGAUGUGGGAAUCUCCUAAUGGAGACAUAAUGAAAUUUACCACAUCAUCGUCAGUAAAAGUUUUCCUCACGGUUGUCGCUGUUGUACCAAAGUUUUAUACCGGAUCGGACCAUCGUCUUAUUCGAGGAAGAUUUUCUUUCACAAGGAAAGGAGGAAAAACCGCGAAAUUCGAAAAACGAUCUUCCAGAAGCAUAAUCGACUGUAAGCUCUUCGCUUCGUUAGUCGGCUUCUGGAAAGAUACCGACAUGGGCAACAUUGACGAAUAUGAACGACUUGUAGAACAUCUUCGCUACUGUAACCGACGAGGAAAGCGAAGAGUUUCAAACCACCAAGAGACGCCUGUCUCCAAAAACUCUAGAGGUGAUACGUCAGCGUGGAGCUACACCAGCUGCAGGCAACCAAGAACUCACGUCUGA